AUGGUUGCUGAACCGGCAGCGGCGGCGGCAGCGGCGGCCGCAGCGGGGGGCAGCCCUAUGAAGCGCGAGAUUUCUUCAACUCGCGCGCCCGCAAGAUGGCUGCUCACCGCCGGUGCUUUCGUCCACUUGAUCCAGAUGGCACUUUGUUCUUCAGUAAGUGAUGUUUUAAUUGUGAAAGUAUCCACUCCAACGGAAAUUAUUGUGGAAGCUGGGACAGAUGUAAAGAUUCCAUGCACAUUCGUAUCCUCAGAGGACAUCAGUGCUGCAACAUCCGUCACUUGGAGCUUUCAACAGGAGGGAUCAACUGCUCGUCCCAUAACGUUUUUCUAUUAUUCUGAUGGAAAAGAAUAUCUUGGGAAGAACACACCAUUCAAAGACCGAAGCAGCUUUGUUGGAAACUUUAGCCAGAGAGAUGCAUCAAUCAAGAUAGCAAAUGUCCAGCCUGUAGAUAAUGGCACCUAUUUCUGUGAUGUUAAGAAUCCUCCAGACAUAGUUGUUGAUCCAGGGCAAGUCAAACUCACAGUUCUGGAGAGAGAAAUGCCAGUGGGUCAUGGAAGAGCAGCUGCCACCCCUGAAAGUGCCACUGUCAUUACUGCAACCAAAUCCCCAAACUCGGGAAACAUUGCACUUAAUGGGCUGAUGGUUUGGCCACUUGUACUUCACUUCUGCUGCAUCUUAGCUUUUUCUCCAGGCUGUUUGUUCUGAAAUAAAGAACAUCUCCUAAGUGACUUAUACUAUCCUUAUCUAAGAAAGAAAGAAAAAUGGAAGCCAGCACAUAUGAACUUUUAUUACAAGCGGUGGUUAUUCUGAGUUACAAAUAAAGACAACUUACUAA